CUUGGUCAUUGAAAUGCGUAACUUUCAGUUGCAGCAUUUCAUAUUACCCACUAAUUGCGCAUCGAUUAAGCAAUUGUAUUAGAUUCACGAUUUCUCGUUAUCAUCUUCAUCGUAACCGCGCUUUCGCAUCGUCUCUGUAACCAUGUCGAGCAAGCAGGAGCUGGACAGCCGCGCCGCCGCUGGUGAGACUGUGGUGCCAGGAACUAGUGGCAAGAGCUUGGAGGCACAGCAGAAUCUCGCUGAGGGGCGGAGCAAGGGAGGCCAGACUCGCGCCGAGCAGCUGGGUCACGACGGCUACGUCGAGAUGGGCAAGAAGGGCGGGUCUGCCACGAAUGAAAUGUCCGGCGGCGAAGCCGCGGAGGCUGCCGGCGAGAUCGACGAGACCAAGUUUACAAAUCAGUAGUCACUUUUUAGUGCCACGCGCAUGUGCGCACUAUCAUUCAUGAAGCAAGGUAGACAAUGCGACACGUCGUAAAAACGCACUCUGUACAUGGUGUUUGUGAUGUAAAUAAACAUACGGGGCGCAGUAUUGCUUCA